GGUUCUUCCAGACAACCCGGGAAGCGGUUGUGAAUGGUAGGGAAGCAAAAGCCGGCAUGUCCAAUCUAGGGGGUAUUCAGGGCGUGUUUGCUCAGUUCAUGAAUUAACAGCUGAAUGAGCAAAUGAGAGCAUGCCUCCGAGUCUCUGAGCCCGUUAGCUAAUACUCCAGUAGGGUGCUGGCAGAUGGAGCCUUUGCUGUGAGGAGAGAGGAAGCAUCGCUUUGAAAACAGAGGGGACAAGAACAGAAUCACCAGCACUGGCUGAAGGUUUGCUGGCAUGGGUAAUCUGAUUAAGGUGCUAACCAGGGACAUAGACCACAAUGCAGCACAUUUUUUCUUGGACUUUGAAAAUGCCCAACCUACAGAGUCUGAGAAGGAAAUUUAUAAUCAGGUCAAUGUAGUUUUAAAAGAUGCAGAAGGCAUCUUGGAGGAUUUGCAAUCAUAUCGAGGAGCUGGCCAUGAAAUACGAGAGGCAAUCCAGCACCCAGCAGACGAGAAGUUGCAGGAGAAGGCCUGGGGAGCGGUUGUUCCACUAGUCGGAAAACUAAAGAAAUUUUAUGAAUUUUCUCAGAGGUUAGAAGCCGCCCUGAGGGGUCUUCUGGGCGCCCUGACGAGCACGCCCUACUCGCCCACGCAGCACCUAGAGCGGGAGCAGGCUCUUGCUAAGCAGUUCGCAGAGAUCCUGCAUUUCACACUCCGCUUCGAUGAGCUCAAGAUGACAAAUCCCGCCAUACAGAAUGACUUCAGCUACUACAGACGGACGCUGAGUCGGAUGAGGAUUAAUAACGUCCCAGCAGAAGGGGAAAACGAAGUCAACAAUGAGUUGGCAAACCGAAUGUCUCUGUUCUAUGCCGAGGCCACCCCAAUGCUAAAGACCUUAAGUGACGCCACAACAAAGUUCGUGUCGGAGAAUAAAAACUUGCCGAUAGAAAACACGACGGAUUGUCUGAGCACCAUGGCGAGCGUAUGCAGAGUCAUGCUGGAGACACCGGAAUACAGAAGCAGAUUCACAAAUGAGGAGACGGUGUCGUUCUGCUUGAGGGUGAUGGUGGGCGUCAUAAUACUGUAUGACCACGUGCACCCCGUGGGAGCAUUUGCCAAAACUUCAAAAAUCGAUAUGAAAGGCUGCAUCAAGGUUCUUAAGGACCAGCCCCCUAGUAGUGUAGAAGGUCUUCUAAACGCUCUCAGGUACACAACCAAACAUCUGAAUGAUGAGACUACCUCCAAGCAAAUCAAGUCCAUGCUGCAAUGACCGUUCCGGAAUGUCACCUGCUGCAGACAGAAGGCAGUAUUCUGCAAUGACUGAAAAUGCAGUUUUUUUAGUGAUUGCAAUUACUAUCUCAUUUACUCUCGCUUUUUAUUUCAUCCCUCUGUUCCUCUUCCCCCCUUUUUUAAAUCAUGUUCUUGUUCUUAAGACUUCUUUUCUGUGCCAAAAUAAGUAUAGUUCCCCUCUGAAAGGAAACCGCCCUUUCAGACAGGCCACCUGAGGCAGCUAACCCUGCGUCUACUGAGAAGGAUUCUGUGACUUGAACUAAAUAUUUUUAAAUGUGGAUUUUUUUUUGAAAAACUAAUAUUUAAUAUUGCUUCUCCUGCAUGGCACAACUGCCUAUUCUGCUAUUUAAAAACCCUAGGGGACUUUAUUUUCUACCGCCGCUUUCCCAUGUGCAGCCCAGAUGAGGUUUGAUUACCCAACACAAGACUUUUUAAAUUAGUAAGACUUUUGUUUAAAGGGUUAAGUUUGCAUUUUGAUUUUUUUUUUUUUUGGUAAGGAUGUAUGUUGUGUGUUUAACCUUUAUUAACUAACGUUAAAAAAAAAACCAACUGUGAUGUGUGCAUAGCAUAUUCCGUAUGCAUGUUCCUGUUUCAAGAAUGGCUGUUGGUGUUAAAAUAAAAGUCAGCUUUCAUUUUUCUAA